AUGUCGUGCUCAACCCCGUGGCUCUUCUCUGGUGUGGCAGCAUUGCCACGAUCCAGCUCAAGCUCCAUUUCCUCGUCUCACUGUCGACCAGAUUACCGAAGAACAUCGACCUCAUCAAACACUUCCCACUAUUCGAGAGAAAGCUGGUGCUCCACCGUCGGUUCUGAUGUUUCAAGCUCGUCGACGACACAGUGUCACGUUUCCCACGACCAGGACUCCAUUGAUGAGCUCGUCCUGGCAAGUUUCGCUGAUAACGCCAUCUUCGGCUCCACCUCACCAAGAAAAAGCAAGUCUACAGGCAUGCGUUCUUCGAUAGAGUCAGCAUGCUCCUACGCCUCAUCUAGCUCGUCGGUGCGAUCUCCUCGUACUCCUAUCACCCCUCUAUUCUCUCAUCCCGAGCACGAUGCGACCACAAUACCCAUGCGCAGCUCUGUCACCUUGCCCAUGGUUGCUGAAAUUCCCAAGUUGAAGAGACCGCAUCUGUCGAGGAUUGUAUUCGAAGAUGUGCAGUACAUUGGUCGAUCGCUCGACGUCCCUGUCUCGGAGGAAGCUCAUCAGGAGCGCUUCAAUUCGGUCCAGCGCUCCGCUUCUACUGCUGCUUGCUGCUUCAGUCCAUCGUCGAGUCGUUUUAGUACAUGGAAUGGCAAGGAUGGUUUGAUGAUCGCAAUGGACGAACUCGAGCAGGAGCUCGUCCGUACCAUGAACACACUGUCGGCGUCGGCCAAUACUACACCGGUCUCCACCAUCUCGAAGGCUCGUGGCAAGUCGAUGCGAAGACCACACACUGCAGACAAGGCGGCAACACCCAGCUCGAGCAGAAGUCUUCUGAAGGGCUUAUCGCACACCGCCGCCACUAAAUGCAUCCCAAAUGCUUCGCAAACGCAAUCGCAGCGAGAAUCGUGGAUGCCUUCAAAGUAUCCAAACGCUGACGAAGGCAUCCUCAGCUACAGCGGCAGGCCGAUUCGCUUCUCUGCAUCCGAUCUGACUCUUCCUUCGGACUAUACGGAUCUUGUCAGGCGCUCGGACGUACGUCCGAUCUCCCAAGAAUCGAACGUGUCGAAGCGGUCUUCGCGCUCUGACUCUAACAGCCCGACUACUGCCGCUCUGGUGUUCAAAGGCCGAUCCUCGGGUUCGUCCACCUCUUCGUUCGGGAACGCUGACUUCCAACAGGCAUCCAGCCGUCCAGACAGCUUUGUGACUGCCAAAGAUCAUGACAUUGUCAGUGCAAACGCCGUUUCUCUCAACAAACGACCUAGCACCGUCCGAAGUCCGCCCAUUAUUUCAGCAUUCUACCAGCUCCAGAAGGGCCCUCGCUCGACUCCAUCUCUGGCUUCGAGCGAGCCUCCUCGCGACCCACUGCCCCCUCUACCCAGCCUACCGGCUGGCUUGAGCCAUCUACUUAACGGCGCUGCUGUGCCUCCCCCUCGACCUGCCAAGUCGUCUGCCAGGAACUCCACGUCAUCGCUCCGCAACAGCCCUGUGCCUUCCCCACACAAGCCACUCCGUACUAUGCCUUGCUAA